UCGAAGUUUACGGAAGUCUCCAUCGCCGUCUCAUAGUAGAGUACAUUUGAGGUAUAUUUGAUAUUGACUAAAAUUCGUCUGUUUAAAAUGUCGACACCAGCAACACGAUGCUAAUGUUCGUUAGCUUCAAUUUACAAGAAAAUGGCCCAAGUUCCUUCUCCUGGAUCCAUCAUUGUGGCGGACUGGCAUCAGUGUAAAGAUAGCAAAGAGUAUUUCAAUAAGAUCCUACACAAGAAAAGGAGAAGACAAUUUGGCUUAUUGGAGUCCCCCAUGAUGUCCCCUCUCGCAGCUGUAGACACGGUUCAAUACAAAAUCUUUCUUUCUGGAAAGAGUGGAGUUGGAAAAACCUCUGCUGUGGCACGUUUGGCUGGUGUAAAUAUUCCCAAUAUACACUAUGAAACCAUAGGUAUUGAGACCACAAUAGUGUACUGGCCAGUUAAAAUCAAAGAAAGUGGAAGGGUGCUAUUUUUCCGCCUUCAGUUAUGGGACUGUGGAGAGAACGCGCUGAAAAGAUUUGACCAUAUGCUUCCUUUUUGUAAAGAGCAGAUAGAUGCAGUUCUCCUUCUCUUCUCUUUCACCGAUCGGAUAUCAUUUGAAGACCUCCCAAAUCAAAUAUCCAAGUGGAUGGGACCGUCACCAGACAGGGUUGUCAAGUUGGUGGUUGGCACAAAAUUUGACCUGUUCAUGCACUGUGAUGUGGCAGAGAGAGACGUGAGGGCCUUCCGGUCAACCUGGGGGCUGCCAGUGCUGCAUGUGGGGGGAGAGGUCAGUGACGGUCUGGGUGAUGUGGCUCAGCUACUCAACUGUCUGUGUGAAAACCUGUGGUAUCAAGACUGCCUCAGAGCUGGAGCAGAAAGGGACCAACCACACACACAGACUUUCCUUUGACUUUUGGGUCCACUGGUCUCUGCAUUAUGGACUAAAGGAGCAUUGUUUAAGUUUUCUGGUGAGAUUUGGCCAUCUGUUUGUCUCCAUGAAGAUGUUAUUGCUUCACCUGAAUGUUCCACUGUAUUGCAUUAAACAUCCAUUAUUAUAUACUGUACUAACAACAAUG